AUGACUAAAGAUGAAGCGCUCGUAGCUCAAGACGGAGAUAAUGAUAUUCUUACAAAACUUUGUUCACAAAAGUUUCUUCGGUUGUCCAUAGAAACUAACCGAUCACAAUCAGGUGAUCUAGAUUGGACAUCUCUGCAGGCGCAACAAUCGGUGAGAACAUUAAUCUCAACUAUUCAGAUCAAGAUGAAGCCUGGUGAUUCAUUGGUUACCUUCUCAAGUCUACGAGUCCAAUAUAUAGAAGCUGCAGAUGUGGCUGCACUGGUUGAAUCAUUGCAUCAACUCAAGCACUUGAGGUAUCUGGCACUAUUAGAGACUCAUAUUUCUGUACUCCCUGGGAACAUUGGCAAGAUGAAACUAUUACAAUUCCUUGACCUUCGUGGAUGCACAAAAUCGGUGAAUCUUCCUGAUAGCAUCGUGAUGCUUAGCCAGCUACAAUUUCUUUACAUUCCCAACAUACAUAUGAUACCUAGAGGGUUCCGUGGUCUGACAGACAUAAGGAAACUAAUUGGGUUUCCAGCCCACAUGGAUGGUGAUUGGUGCAGUUUGGACGAGUUGGGGCCUCUUUCCCAACUCAAAAAUCUUUUCUUAAAUAAAUUGGAAAAUGUAUCUGCUGCCUCAUUUGCUGCUAAUGCUAGGCUUGGUGAGAAGAUGCAUCUUAUCGAACUAUUCUUGUGGUGCACCAGCAGACUAGGAGACAAUGGAUUGAUCAAAGAGAACCAAGGUGUCUCUGAAGAAGAGCAGUGA